AUGGCGAACAUGAAUUUCAGUUUUUCUAGCGCGCCCCUGCGCCCCAUCAGGGAGAUUCAGUUCGGGUUGCUGUCUCCUGAUGAGAUUAAAAACAUGAGUGUUCAACACAUCGAGUAUCCGGAGACUAUGGACGAUGAGAAACAUCGACCACGUGAAAGAGGACUUAACGACCCAAAGCUCGGCUCGAUCGACCGCUCCUUCUCUUGCGCUACCUGCAAUGAAAACAUGCAAGAGUGCCCGGGCCAUUUUGGUCACAUCGAGCUAGCGGUUCCCGUCUUUCAUGUUGGCUUCAUCACGAAGAUCAAAAAAAUCCUCGAGACUGUUUGCCACAAUUGCGGCAAAAUAAAAGCUGAUGAGAACAAAGAAGACUGGAAGCAGGCUGUGCGGUUACGAGAUCCAAGGCGUCGCUUCAAUGCGAUUUGGAACUGUUCUAAGGCUCGCAAAGUCUGUGAGACUGACGCUGAAGAUGAAGACCCCAAAAAACCCAGGAUACAGCAUGGGGGAUGCGGCAAUCUUCAGCCUGAGAUUCGAAAGGAGGGACUCAAACUCUUCGCGCGAUUCAAGGCACCGAAAUCAGAGGAUGAAGAAGCCAAAGAUGAGAAGAAAGAGCUGAAACCCCAAGAUGCGCUCAAUGUGUUCCGUCAUGUAAGUGACGAAACAUUGAUUCUGCUUGGGCUUAACAAGGACUGGGCUCGCCCCGAGUGGAUGAUCAUAACCGUCCUACCGGUACCACCACCACCCGUUCGACCCUCGAUAUCUGUUGAUGGUACUGGACAAGGCAUGCGCGGAGAGGACGAUCUGACCUACAAACUUGGCGACAUCAUUCGAGCGAACGCUAACGUCGGAAAAUGCGCGACUGACGGUUCGCCCUUGCAUGUAACCAAUGAAUUCGAGAGUUUGCUCCAGUACCACGUUGCAACAUAUAUGGACAACAAUAUUGCGGGCCAGCCUCAGGCAAUGCAGAAAUCUGGACGACCGGUCAAGUCAAUCCGCAGCCGCUUAAAGGGUAAGGAAGGCCGUAUUCGUGGCAAUUUAAUGGGCAAACGUGUUGACUUCUCGGCACGUACUGUCAUCACGGGUGACCCUAAUUUAUCCCUCGAUGAAGUGGGAGUCCCACGCAGUAUCGCACGAACUCUCACUUACCCGGAGACUGUCACUCCUUAUAACAUUGCAAAAUUGCAUCAACUCGUCCGUAACGGCCCUAACGAACACCCUGGUGCCAAAUAUGUCAUCAGAGACACUGGUGAGCGCAUCGAUCUAAGACAUCACAAGCGCGCUGGAGAAAUUACUCUCCAGUAUGGUUGGAAAGUGGAGCGACAUAUCGUUGACGGAGAUGUCAUCAUCUUCAAUCGUCAGCCAUCACUUCACAAGGAAUCCAUGAUGGGUCACCGCGUCAAAGUCAUGCCUUACUCAACUUUCCGUUUGAAUUUGUCUGUCACGUCUCCAUACAACGCCGAUUUCGACGGCGAUGAGAUGAACUUGCACGUACCACAGAGUGAAGAGACUAGAGCUGAGGUGAUGAACCUGUGCAUGGUUCCUCUCAACAUCGUCUCACCACAGGCUAAUCGCCCACUAAUGGGUAUCGUUCAGGAUACAUUAUGCGGUAUUUACAAAAUGACGCGACGUGACGUCCUGUUGACAAAGGAGCAUGUGAUGAACUUGCUGAUGUGGGUACCCGGUUGGGACGGUGUUAUUCCUCAACCGGCCAUCUUCAAGCCAGCUCCAAGAUGGACUGGCAAGCAGCUUAUAAGUAUGGCUUUGCCAGAGAUCAACCUCAUCAGGCGCAGCAAAGAUGGAUAUCACCCACUCUUGGAGGACACGGCGAUUCUGGUUCACCGUGGUGAGCUCGUAUAUGGUAUGUUCAAGAAGAAGACGGUCGGAGCCUCUCACGACGGCAUUAUCCAGACUAUUUAUAACGAGAAGGGCUGGCAAGCAGCUGUCGAUUUCUUCAAUGCCGCACAACGCAUUGUCUGCUACUGGUUGCUUCACCAUGGAUUCAGUAUCGGUAUUGGUGACACCGUGCCAGGCCCCGAGACUACGAAGGCGAUCCAAUCUGUUAUCGCACAACAGAAAGGUAAUGUCGAGGAGAUCACAGCAAAUGCUACAGCGGAUCUGUUGGACCCACUUCCCGGCAUGAAUCUCCGUGAGACAUUCGAAAGUAAGGUGUUGAAGGAGCUUAACGAGGCGCGUGACGAAGCUGGAAAGUUGGCCAUGAAGAGUUUGAAAGAUUUGAACAACGCCGUGCAAAUGGCUGAUUCAGGUUCCAAGGGUUCUUCCAUCAACAUCUCGCAAAUGUCCGCGCUUGUGGGACAGCAGUCAGUGGAAGGCAAACGUAUCCCGUUCGGGUUCAAAUAUCGCAGUCUGCCGCAUUUCACGAAAGAUGACUACUCUGCGGAAGCUCGUGGCUUUGUCGAAAACUCGUAUCUUCGAGGUCUGACACCGACAGAAUUCUUCUUUCACGCUAUGGCUGGUCGUGAAGGUUUGAUUGACACUGCGGUCAAAACCGCCGAAACUGGUUAUAUUCAAAGAAGAUUAACGAAGGGUUUGGAAGACGUAAUGGCGAAAUACGACGGCACUGUCCGCAACUCGCUUGGCGAUGUCGUGCAAUUCACUUAUGGUGAGGAUGGGCUUGAUGGAGUCUCCAUUGAGGCUCAGUCAACCGACGUUGUCACCAUAGCUGAUAAGCAAUUCGAGAGGAUGUGCAAGGUCGACUGCAUGGAUCCUGACCUCAAGCUCUCUUCUAAUGUACUGGAAAUGGCUAGCGAGCUCGAUGGCAACCUUGAAGUCCAAUCCAUGUUUGAUGAAGAAUGGGAGCAGCUCAUGAAAGAUCGACAGCUACUUCGAGAUUAUAUCAACCGCGAAGCAAAGGACGACUACCAUCUUCCCCUGAACAUCAAGCGUAUCAUCACUAUGUCCAAGCAAAAGUUCCGUAUCAAGGAUGGUGCUCGCAGUGAUUUAGAUCCUGUAGAGGCCAUCACGAAGAUUCGGGAGGUCUUGGAUCGAUUAGUCGUUAUUCGUGGUGACGAUCCAAUCUCUCGGGAAGCUCAGGCGAACGCUACUUGGUUGUUGAAGGCACAUAUGCGAUGUCAGCUCGCUUUCAAGCGAAUCGUGCGAGAGCAUUCAUUGAACAAGCUUGCGCUUGACAAUGUACUCGGCGACUUGGAAGCCCGAUUCGCCCGGAGUGCCAUCAGCCCUGGAGAGAUGGUAGGAGUCCUGGCAGCGCAGUCUAUCGGUGAGCCUGCUACACAGAUGACUCUGAACACUUUCCACUUCACUGGUAUUUCAGCGAAGAAUGUGACUUUAGGUGUGCCCCGUCUACGAGAAAUUCUAAAUGUCGCUACCAACCUAAAAACGCCAUCGAUGACCAUUUAUCAAGCGGAUCGACGAGGCGGCCCUGACGCUGUCAUGCAACUGAGAAACAAAAUUCAGUACACUACCCUUCGUCACUUGGCUGAAGCCACGGAAAUAUGGUACGACCCAGAUAUCCAGGGUACAGUCGUUGAAGCAGAUCAAGAAAUCGUCGAGUCGUACUGGAUUCUGCCCGACGAGGACGAAGCCAGUGUUGAGUUGCAGUCCAAGUGGUUGCUGCGUAUUGUGCUCAGUCGCCAGAAGCUUCUCGACCGUGGUCUCACUGUCUCCGAAGUCGCCUCGGCGAUCAGGUCGCAGUAUGACAAGAACAACCUGCACGUGAUAUUUAGUGACAAUAAUGCUGAAGAGUUGGUUCUUCGCAUUCGUUUUAUCCACGACGAAGACAUGCGCAAGAACCAAGAGGACGAGGAGGGCGAAGAUCAAGAUGAGAAGUGGAUUCGCAAACUAGAGAAGGAUCUUCUCGAUCGUAACGCUUUGCAAGGCAUUGAAGGCAUCUCGAGAUGCUUCAUCAACAAAGAGGAAUUGAGCAUUCAGACCUUAGCCGAUGGCUCACUCGUAAAGAGCAAAGCAUAUCCCGAAUGUGUCGAAUGUACACUGGAAACUACUGGCACUGCACUUGCCGAGGUGUUGGCUGUGGAUGGCGUCAACCCGUACCGUACCACCACGAAUUCGUUCCGCGAGUUUUUAGAAGUCUUUGGCAUCGAAGCUGCUCGCGCAUCAUUAUUCAGGGAACUUCACGCGGUUCUCUCAUUCGAUGGUUCGUACGUGAACUACCGCCAUAUGGUGCUGCUUGUUGAUGCAAUGACCGUUCGCGGGUAUAUCAUGCCAAUUACUCGUCACGGUAUCAACCGCGGCGAGACCGGUGCGCUGAUGCGAUGUUCUUUCGAAGAGACUGUAGAGAUUCUCUUGGAUGCCGCAGCGUGCGGUGAACUUGACGACUGCAAGGGUAUUUCAGAGAACAUUAUGCUCGGUCAGCUCGCACCCAUGGGCACUGGUGAGCUAGACGUCAUCAUGGAUCAAGAUAUGUUGAAUACCAUGAACAACGAUAACGCUCGCCUUGGUCUGAUGCCCGGUUUAGCGGCAGCUCCUGGUUUCAUGGACUCCGGUGCUGCCACACCAUACGACGUCGGUUCGCCUAUGCACGAGGAUGCUCUCGGUGGACCAGACUAUGGCGCAUCAUUCUCGCCUAUCAUUCAGCCGGGAGGUGAUGAUAGAGGAGGUUUCACAUCGAUCCCCUCGUUUGGCGACGCAAACAGUCCAUACUCGUCCCGCAGCCCUGGCGGCUACAAUCCGCAAAGUCCUUUCAGCGGGCCAAGUCCAACCUCUCCAGGCGGGUGGUCUCCCACGUCGCCCGGCGGCGGAUACUCACCGACCUCUCCUGGCAUGAGCUUGACAAGCCCACGUUUCGGCGCUACAUCCCCAAUGUUCAACCCCACCAGUCCGCAAUACUCUCCGACAUCUCCUACGUACUCGCCGACCUCGCCCGCAUACGGCGCUGGCACUUCGCCAACAUCACCCAACUAUUCCCCCACAUCGCCAAGCUACUCUCCGACAUCCCCGAGCUACUCUCCCACGUCUCCAAGCUUCAGCCCGACCUCGCCAGUUCAUCGAGCUACGGCCACAUCACCUCACUACAGUCCAACCUCGCCCCAAUACAGUCCGUCUUCUCCCAUGUAUAGCCCAACAAGUCCGCAGUUCAAUGCUGGUAGCGAUCGACGAUCACCUACUUCUCCUACCUCACCAAGCUACAGCCCGACGAGUCCGGUAUACAGUCCAACAAGUCCUGCUGCUGGGGCGUACUCUCCGACAUCUCCUACGAGCUACUCUCCAACAUCACCGGGAGCGGCACCAUACUCGGCCCAGUCGCCGAAAUGGUCGCCGACGAGCCCCAAAUACUCCCCAACAUCCCCACGCUCGUAA